AUGGCCAACCAACUGACGCCCUUUGGGAAACCGAUGUUGAAGCAUUGGCUGUUUGACCCAUCCUACAAGAAUCUUAACCACGGCUCUUUCGGUGCACACCCCGCGGCUGUCCGUGAUGCCCAGCGGGCCUUCAUGGACAUCGCCGAUGGGCGACCGGACCCGUAUAUUCGGACAUACCAUGCAGAGUACCUCAACGAGGCGCGCGCAGCCGUCGCGGGGGUUCUCAAUGCUCUGAAAGAGGAAUGUGUGUUUGUGAAGAACGCUACCACUGGCGUCGCAACGAUACUGUAUAACCUGAACUUCCAGUCCGGAGAGGCCCUCGUUUACUUCGAGCCCGUGUACGGAGCCGUGGAGAAAGGCGUUGUCUCCUUGCAGGAGCACUCCGAUUUCCAGUCUCGGAAGGUGCGCUUUGAAUUCCCUAUCGCUGAGGACGAGCUCGAGCGCUGGUUCCGUGAAGUUGUGCGCAAGACUCGCGAGGAGGGUCUCAAGGUUCGCGCUGCUGUUUUCGACACUAUUGUCAGUAACCCCGGUUGUCGAUUCCCCUUUGAGCGGUUCACUGCCAUCUGCCGGGAAGAGGGUAUUCUGAGCGUUAUCGAUGGCGCCCACGGCAUUGGGCAUAUUCCGCUUGACAUGCAGAAGCUGCAGCCCGACUUCCUCGUCUCUAAUUGUCACAAAUGGCUCUACACUCCUCGCGGCUGUGCUGUUCUCUAUGUCCCCAAGCACAAUCAGCACUUCCUGCGCAGUACCCUUCCCACAUCGUGGGGUUUCAUUUCCGAUCCCUCCUCGGCCGAAACUCCGCAAUCAGUUCUUAAGGACCCAAACGCCAUCAAAGAAAAGACUCCCUUCGAAGAGUUGUUCGAGUUUGUCGCAACUAGUGAUGAUUCCGCUUACGUCUGUGUACCAGCAGCACUGAAGUUCCGCAAAGAAGUCUGCGGCGGAGAAGAAGCCAUCAUGUCUUACUGCAUCAAACUCGCCAACGAAGCCGCCGACGCAGUUGCAUCUAUCCUCGGAACGGAUGUGCUCCAGGAGCCGGAUCUGAAGCCGGGAGAGACCAGCAACAUGCGGCAGUGUGCCAUGAUGACGGUGCGCUUGCCUAUUGCUGUUGCGGACGAGCCCGUUUCGGGUGCACUUGUGACCGUUACAUCAAAGGAAGCACCUGGCGUCUAUGUUUGGAUUCAAAAGACCCUGAUGUCCGAGCAUGAAACCUUCGUACCCGUUUUCCCACAUCGAUCGUGGCUGUGGACUCGUCUGAGUGCACAGAUUUAUUUGGAGAAGAGUGACUUUGAGUGGCUGGGAGGCAUUCUGCGCGACCUGUGCGAACAGGUUGCUCGGAAGGCGCACAAAUAG